UGAUUCAGCUUAGCUUUGCAUAAAAAGUUAAAAAAUCCAAAAGCUACCAAAAAAGGCUCUUGAAUUAGCGAGCUGCCUCACUUUAACCCUCCUGAAAUGCCUGCUGAAAGAUUCUGUGAAUCAUGACUGCUGCAAGAGGAGCACCCCUUCUCCGAGAAAGUGGCAACUUUCCGUGACAUCCAGCAAGCAGGCAUUCCCCUCUAUCUAAAGACAUCUUUCACUCAGCUAAAAGUUUCAGAGGGACUGUUUUAAAGCUUGGCUGAUCUUGACAUAUCUUAAUGGUGGACACUGCAUGCCAGCGUAACUCUCUAACAGAACAGAUUGGGGAAUAUGCAGGUACAAAUAUCCUUUCUGCUGCUGCUUUCUCUGAACAUUGUCCAUGGCGGUGAUGGUUUUUUUUCUGAACGAUACCAAAAACAAGCCAGCAUGAAGGGGCCACAUUUCUUACCAUUUAACGUAAAAAGUCAAGGUUUACAGGGAAGGGGAGAACAAGGACCUCCUGGUCUACCAGGUCCUGCUGGCCCAAGAGGACAACCAGGCCCAGCAGGGCCCCCAGGCUAUGGAAACCCAGGUCCUCAAGGUCCACCAGGGCCCCCAGGCCCACCCGGAUUUUCUGCUGUUGGAAAGCCAGGCUUACCAGGUUUACCAGGAAAACCAGGGGAGAGAGGAUUAAAUGGUGAAAAAGGAGACAUUGGACCUGCUGGUCUCCCAGGAUCAAGAGGGCCACAAGGGCCUCCUGGAAUUCCUGGCCCUGCUGGAAUCUCUGUUGCUGGCAAGACAGGAGAACAAGGGCCACCAGGAGCACAAGGGCCACGGGGUGUCCCCGGAGAAAAGGGUGAGGCAGGUAUUCCUGGUAUAAACGGACUAAAGGGAGAAAAUGGAUAUGGAGUUCCAGGUCGCCCAGGAGACAGAGGGCUCCCAGGCCCCCAAGGCCCCCCAGGACCCUCUGGACUUGCUGGGAUAGGGAAGCCUGGUGAAAAUGGGUUUCCAGGUCAGCCAGGUGUGAAAGGUGAUCGGGGUUUACCAGGUGCACCAGGACCAGCAGGAAUCCCAGGUUCCCAAGGCCUUCCUGGGGAACCUGGAGCAGCAGGAAUUGGAAAGCUUGGAGCAAAUGGACCACCAGGAUUGCCAGGGAUUCCUGGAGCUAAAGGACUGCCUGGACCCCCGGGCAUGCCUGGAUCCCCAGGUCUUCCAGGGUUUGGAAAGCCAGGUUUGCCAGGGAUGAAAGGACAUAGAGGACCUGAAGGCCUUCCCGGUGUUCCAGGAAUCAAAGGAGAUGAAGGCCCAACUGGAGUUCCAGGAGAACCAGGGCCAUCUGGACCACCUGGAAAUAUGGGUCCUCAAGGACUUAGAGGAAUACCGGGUGAAAAUGGCCUACCCGGGCCUAAAGGUGAAGCAGGACCUGCAGGCCUUGCAGGAUACCCAGGAGCUAAAGGUGACAGAGGCCUACCAGGAUUAGAAGGAAAACCAGGAUAUCCAGGAGAGCAGGGUCUUGCUGGUCCUAAAGGACCUCCAGGUUUACCAGGCCCAAAAGGGGACAAUGGUCAUGCAGGGCCACCUGGCCUACCUGGUCCAAUGGGUGCACCAGGACUUAAAGGAGCACCAGGAUUUAAUGGUGAGCCAGGCCCAAGAGGACCUUCUGGAAUACCUGGUAUAAGAGGUCCAAUUGGGCCACCAGGUAUUCCAGGUUUUCCCGGCACUAAAGGGGAGCCAGGGGCACCAGGAUUACCCGGUCCAGCUGGCAUUGCUACAAAAGGUUUAAAUGGACCCAUGGGGCCACCUGGGCUCCCAGGACCAAGAGGCAACAAUGGAGAGCCUGGGUUACCAGGCCCUCCGGGUCCACCUGGUCCCCCUGGACAAGCAAUACUCCCACAGAUGCCAGAUGGUUACAUAAAAGCAGGAGAGAGUCAAGGCCUCACAGGAAUGCCUCUUAUGAAAGCAGGAGUAAAUCAAGGUCUAACUGGAAUGCCAGUGUCAGCUUUCUCUGCCAUUCUCUCCAAAGCCUACCCUGGGGCCACUGUGCCCAUCAAAUUUGAUAAAAUCUUGUACAACAGACAGCAACAUUAUGACCCCAGAACAGGAAUCUUCACAUGUAGGAUCCCAGGACUUUACUAUUUUUCUUACCAUGUACAUGUAAAAGGAACAAAUGUUUGGGUCGCACUCUAUAAAAAUGGCUCACCAAUCAUGUACACUUAUGAUGAGUACAAGAAAGGAUACCUUGACCAAGCUUCUGGAAGUGCUGUCAUUGAUCUCAUGGAAAACGAUCAAGUCUGGUUGCAGUUGCCCAAUGCAGAAUCUAAUGGCUUGUAUUCCUCUGAUUAUGUUCACUCCUCUUUCUCAGGAUUCUUGUUUGCUCAUAUGUGAUAGUAUUCUACCUUAGCUCUCCUAAUAUUGUCUCUUUCAGACAAUUUUAGUUGGACUAUGAUGUGACACCUAUGACUGGUCAUACAAAUUAUUUGCCACAAAGGGGAAGUGAGGAUGAUAGGGUAGGGGAAUUUGUUUCAAAAUUAAGCUUCAGAGUAACUUUGUGCGUUUUUAGAAGUCUGUCAGAGGUUUAUUUGCAAAAACUUUGUAGUAAGGGCAAGUCAGCUAUCCUGCUGAAUACAACAUUAAACAUUAUGAUAAUAGAUGAUGUAGCUCUUCUUUGUUUUACAUUUUCUUAAUCAGUAUUUCUAAGUUGAUUUUAUAUUUUAAAUGUACUCUUAAGCCUUCAUAAAGUAAUCAUUCCAGAUUACUACAUAUUUAUCUCACUGAAACAAAGACAUUAUUUUAAAUUAAUCAGUCACAGAAGUUUAGUGUGUUCAUAACAAUGUUUCAAGAGAUUGCUUUUAGAGAAAAGGAACACUAAUUUACUUUGUUAUAACAACAAUAGACAUGUUUAUGAAGUUUCAUCAACUUAAAAAUAUGUUUCCAAAGAUUUUAGGCAUAACAAAGGUUUUAUAUCUUACUAAGGUACUGAUUUCGCUGGAGGGAUCUCUUAAAACUAGUUCAUCAAAUAGUCAGAAGUAAAGAAAGAGAAAAUCACUUGUCCAGCUAUCUGCAAGAAAAGGGGUGUUGUCCCUUUAAGGGCUCUCUUCAAUAAGGGGGGUGAAGGAGAAAGGUUACAGGGAUGGACAGAAAGGACAAGGCGACUUUGGAAGCAAGUUUUUUUGUACUAUAGUAAUUAAAUGUAAAUGUCUAUUUUAGAUAAGGUUGUCUUUUGAACGAUUUAUUUAAAAAAAACUAUAUGUCUGAAGAGCCAAGCAUUUAAGGCUAAAGAUGAAUACUCAGAUUGUGAAUCUAAAAGUCUGUGCAAUGAUUUUUUAGAAAUGUAAUUUUAUAAUCUGCAGCAACACACUAAUGCAAUAUUUUUAAAGCAAAUUUUAAACUAAGUUCUGUAGACUAACUAAUGUUCUGAGUAUAUGUUACAACGGUUUUUGUCAAUAAAUUCAGAAACUGGCAUUAUAGAUCUACAACAAAACACAGACAUUCAUGCAUAUACUGAUAUACUCUAAAUUUAAAAUAGCUUUAUCACCUGAAAUCAUUAGAGGCAGUCUCUUACCCACACUGUUUUUCAUGCACAGUAAGUUUAUUUCUUUAAAAAGCAUAUAUCUUUAUUAGGUUUAUUAGUUCCCAAUUAAUGAAAAUUGGGAAUGUGCAUUAUUCAACGACAUAUCUGAUACAUUCCUGGCAGAGCUAAUUAAAUCAGCCAACAGAUCACACUGUCAUAUUUACUGUUCACACGUAUAUGUAAUGUUUCAUUAAUUUGUUGGAUACAGCAUUCAUCAUUCUAAUAUACAGUACUCAGCUCUGAAGUUAUUGGUACAUAGAUGAGCAAAUCAACUAAGUUAAUAUUUGUAAUUGUUUUUGUUGUUGUUGUUGUUGUUAAAUGUACAAAAUAGCCAUGUAACAGUGUGAUCAGGCUUUUGUUCAUAUAAGAGUCUUCUGUCCAUGCAUGGCUCUCAAAGAAGAGUAUGCAUCAGAGAGGCUUGUCAAAUAAAUCUGAAAAACUGAUUUUACUGUUUAUUUUAAGCUGAAGGUUGCUUUUACAUCGAUGCUUUGACAGUGUUACUCUUACUAAAAGCUAAAAAUCCAUGUUUUACCAUUUUUUGAUUAUUUUUUUAUGAAACCAAAGUCAGUGACUGUAUUAAUUUGAAACCAGCAUUUUUUUCUUCUUUUCU